CUGACAUUGAUUGUUUUUGUUGACAACUUGAUUGACAUGCGCGGCAGACACACGACUUGGAAACUCCGUUUGUAUGCUUCUAAUUAGAGAUUGGAAGCAAUGAUGAUAGCAUGGCUAAUGAGUGUGGAACUGGUGACUCAUUAUCGUACUCUAAAGAGAUCAACAAAAGUGCCCAGAAGAGUUUGAUACCUCUCACAGAAGACUUGGCAGAAUGGCUUUCAAGAGUGUUAGAUGUCAGUGUUGAAGUUGACACGUUCAUGGACUCAUUAGACAAUGGUGUACUACUCUGUAAGCUUGCUCAAUUAAUCCAACGCAAAGCUGUAGAAUGUAAAAAAGCAGGCCAUCAACUCAAAGAUAAUGUUCCACAAGGAAAAAUCAAAUGUCGAGAGAACGCCACGUCAGAAUCAUUCUUUGCACGUGAUAACAUUGCAACAUUUUUGUCUUGGUGUCGUGAGCUUGGAUUAGAAGAUACCUGUCUCUUUGAAACUGAUGGUCUAGUGUUAAGGAGAUCACCGCAGAAUGUGCUAGUGACUAUCUAUGAAUUAGCUCGCCUUGGAUCAAGGCUUGGCAUAGAACCACCAGGACUACUCAAACUUGAGAAAGAGAUUGAGAAGGAGGAGAAAAAUCCUAGACCAGUCUCAGCUAAAAAGGUCUCAACCUUAGAUGAACAGGUUCGUAAGAUCUCUAAAGAGAAGAAAGUGACGGACAUCCAUAGGAUAUCAGAAGGAAAGUACAACAUUGGAGGAAAGAUCGUCUUGAUCAGGAUGCUGCGAGGGCGACAUGUCAUGGUCCGCGUCGGCGGUGGAUGGGAGACGUUAGAAUCCUACCUCGAUAAACACGUCGUGACGUCCAUGAAGCGGAUCGGACGAGCAGUAGAGCUAGGAGAGGGUGAAACUAUACAGGAUGAUUAUUUUGUCAUGAAUGCCAAAUACAAGAGCCACGAUAGCGUCAAUAAUAACGGAAGAAGAUAACCAGCUCUCAGCUAUGUAAAGUUGUUUUCGUUCUCAUUGUUUGUCAUAAAGUGCUUUAAUGCAAUGUGUCACGUAUAACAUGACAUUGUGACAUUUAUCCAUAUAUUAAACCAAGGUGAGGUAAAUGUGUACCGGUACCUGGCAUGAUAGUGUCAAUAAUAACGGAAGAAGAUAACCAGCUCUCAGCUAUGUAAAGUUGUUUUUGUCCCUAUUGUUUGUCAUAAAGUGCUUUAAUGCAAUGUGUCACGUAUUACAUGUGACAUUUAUCCAUAUAUUUUAUCAAUGGAUGAAUGAUCUUUUAAUAUGACUAUGACUAGUGGUAGUAAUAACAGAAAGCACCAUUAUUCAUCGGUCAUAUCAUAAGAUUCUUCAGUUUUUGAUGAAAUAUGUGAAG